UCGGACGGUGUUUGUGGCGGACCGUGGACUCCGGGUGUGUGAUUAGGCUGUUUCCGCUGCUGCCAGAGAUGGAAGAAAAUAAUUAACUUUAAAAGAGAAAUUUCAUCGCAUUUAGAGAAGGAGUUUGCUAAAGGUUGUGUCUCAAGUGACAUGAGGAUCAGAGAAGCAGUGCAUAAUGACCCAGCAGAUGCCCGAGGAUGCAGUGGGUCGACGAGUGUUCUGUGAUGGAGAGCGAGGAACUGUGAGAUAUGUGGGAACUGUUCCCCCUACAACAGGUCUGUGGCUUGGUGUGGAGUGGGACAACCCUGACCGAGGAAAGCAUGAUGGAAGCCAUGAAGGAGUCUGCUACUUUACAUGCAGGCACCCAACAGGAGGGUCUUUUGUAAGACCCAAAAAAGUCAGUUUUGGAGUGAACUUCUUAACAGCUGUUAAGCUGCGCUACGAGUUGUGUCUGGAUGAGGCCCUUGGAGAAGAAGUAAAAAUCUCCACCAAGACUGUAAAGAUGGUUGGCUUUGAGUCCAUAAUGGAAAAACAAAGGAUGGACAAUUUAACAGAGAUUGCUCUUGUUAAUUGUGAAGUGUCCGGUCCAGGCCCUGAAAAUGAAAUCAAGAAAAAUACGCCCAAUGCUGUUUCUCUGGAUAUGUCUGGAAAUCUCCUGAGCUCCUGGGAGGUGAUAGCAGCUAUUACAGAGCAGCUAAACCAACUACAAUGUCUUUGCCUGAGUAAUAAUCGGCUGAGUAUCACCUCCAGCCCGUCCAGCCUCAGCCACGCCUUCUCCAGACUGAGAGUCUUGACGCUCAACAACUGUUCCAUUACCUGGUCUCAGGUGCUCGAUUGCGCCCCAAUGUGGCCAAACAUAGAAGAGCUUUUUCUCAAUGAUAACAGUAUCACUGAAUUGCAGAGGCCCACAGACGUGCUGCAGGGGUUGAAGGUCUUAGAUUUGUCCAACAAUAGUUUAGUUCAGGAGAGCGUGCCUCAAAUAUCAAAUUUAUCCAGGUUGGAGGUGCUUAAUCUCUCCAGUACAGGAAUGUCUAGCAUUCAAUUUAGUGAUGCAUUACCAGGCACCAAAACAGAAAUGUUUCCUGCCCUGAAGAUCUUUUUGCUAGAUGACAACAAAAUUAAUGAGUGGGCUGUGAUUAGUGAGCUGGAGAAGCUGAAGUCUCUGGUGCAGUUAUCCUGUUUGAGGAAUCCCCUGAUGGAUCUGGAGAAGAAUCGUGAGACGACCCAUCAGCUCCUCAUUGCCUGCAUAAGCCAGCUGAAGACAGUCAACAGGUGUGAGGUCCUGCAGGAGGAGAGGAGAGGUGCUGAGCUGGAUUACUGUAAGAAGUAUGGACGAGCGUGGCUGCAGGCUGGAGGCCACAGAGACCCAGAAAAGAACCAUCCUAGUGCAGAGUUCUUAGCAGAGCACCCCCGCUACCUCACCCUUAUUCAGAAGUAUGGUGCACCAGAGGAAGACGAGCUGAAGGAGCAGAAACCGUUUGCACUGAAGGAUCAGUUAUUAACCAUCACGUUUGAGUGCCCUGAGGACACAGACAGAAAACCCAUACAGAAGAAGCUUCCAAGUUCGAUGAUGGUUCAGAAAGUGAAGGGGCUGCUGUACCGACUGCUGAAGCUACCAGGCACUGUACUGCACCUCUCCUACACCAGCUCCAAGAUUGAAGGUAAAGAGGUGGAAAUUCAUAAUGACCUGAAGUCACUGCAGUUCUACUCUAUAGAAGACGGGGACAGAAUUCUGGUGCGCUGGUCCUGAUGCAAGCCCUGCCCCUUUUGCUACAUCUUAAUGAACUGGGUUUGAACACACGCGCGCGCGCACACACACAUAGCACUGAUAGAGAACCCUGCACAGACAAAACAGCCUGCUGAUGGUCUGCUUUCACUUCACACACUGUUGGAGCACAAUUUAAACUGAUAGAUCAUGACAGUGACUUUUUGGCUUUUUGUGUCUGUGUUCUGAUUGUAGCUUGUGCGAGCUAAAGGUGGCAGUGAUGGUGAUCCAAUGUUGAGGAGGUACAGUGUAGGACAGGGGUGUGCAAUCUAAUAUGCAUAGGGCUGUUGGGACUGCAGGUUUUCAGUUCAGCCAAGCAGACACACACGUGAUCAGUUGUUUGAAGUCUGACCAACUGCUGAAAUCAGGUGUGCUGCUGGUCAUUUGGAAUGAAAAUCUGCAGCCACACAAACCAGUGUAGACAGGUUAGGCACCCCUGUUGUAGAGAUUCUAGUUGCUGGAAUCUCUGCAGUCAGUUGCCAGAUCUCAGUACUAGGUAGUGCUUUUAGCCUACUCUCUAUAUGCCAUAUAACUGCCUAUUAAUUUAUAACUGUUUGUUAUAAAUGAAUGAGAUAUCAGAGUGGGCUGAAAAUGGCUUCUUGAAUUCCAACGAGUUUUUGAAAUAUGUCCGUAAUUCAUUUUACAAGCUGUUUAACAUAUAAAUAGUAAAAUUAUUAAGUGAUAUUGUUAAAAAUGCUCAAUUUAAGAGAAACUUGCAAUCAGAACAUUCCUAGUCAUGGUGAAUAGAGAAUUGGCAUAUAAAAAAACUGAUUUAAAAAUACAAAUACGAUUUGCCUGCAGUCUAAAUUAAACUACUUUUUUUUUUUUUUACCUGCUGUGUGAACAUAGCAAGAUACAUCAGCAUGCUUUCACCCAAAUAUGAAAUUGAAUAUGUACAAUCAGUGCCUCCUUAUGUAAGUGCUUGCUGUGCUCUUGUGUUUAGCAGCUGUUUUUGCUGGGAUUUGUGACAUUACUCGAAUAUAAAAGCAGAGAACAUGCAGCUGUUAAAAACAUGUUACUUAACACACAGUUCCUCUGUGCAUGGGGGAGAAGAGUGCAAUGUUAGACUCAUUCACACAACAUUCCUCAUGUUGUCUUGAUGAGGAAAAGCAACUGGUAGAGUCUUAAAAGCAGAUCAGGAUAAACUAGCUAUAACAGUGAUACAAUGCCUCUGAAAAAUAAAGAAAAAAAGAAAUACA